GUUACAUGAGUUAAAGAGGUUAUUUUUUCUCUCUGCAGAAACUCGCUGUCUGAAGAAUUCGACAGCAACAAAGGCGAGACAGUCAAAACACAGAGCGGGUUGUGUAUGGUUGAUUCGUGGAACAGCUGAUGGUGUUUUUUUAUUUUCAGGGCGAUAUCGGAUUUCAGCCUACAGGGUUAAUUAUGUUACAGCCAUGGCUCGCUCAUCGAUACCAGGACGUUUGGAGGCGGUGCAGCGAUAGUAGACUACUACGGUAACAUUUGUAACUUAACGGUUCCUAUCACCUCUCAACUUCGUCUUGUCUUGUUCGUCGUGUCAAACAAUAGAGAUAUUUGUGAAGUAGGCUAAUGCCGAAGCGAGUCUCGGGGAGAAUUCAAAGCUUCCUUUUCUCUGCUCAACCACGGAUACGGUCGAGUAUUAUCAACCCAACAACAUGAGAAGUCGAAGCAACUCGGGAGUGAAACUGGACAACUAUGCCAGGAUAGUACAUCAAACCAUACUCCGACAUCAAGACCCAGUCACUGGUCUCCUCCCAGCUAGUGGAGAUCAGCCUGAUGCCUGGGUGAGAGACAAUGUGUACAGCAUCCUGUCUGUCUGGGCUCUCAGUCUGGCCUACAGGAAGAAUGCAGACAGAGAUGAAGACAAGGCAAAGGCCUACGAACUGGAACAGAGUGUGGUGAAACUAAUGAGAGGUGUUCUACAGUGCAUUAUGAGACAGCUGGACAAGGUGGAGAAGUUUAAGUACACUAAGAGCACCAUGGACUGCCUCCAUGCUAAGUACAACACCAGGACCUGUGCUACCGUGGUGGGGGACGAUCAGUGGGGACACCUCCAAGUGGACGCUACCUCUCUGUUCCUGCUGUUCCUCGCUCAGAUGACUGCCUCAGGACUUCAUAUCGUCUACACUCAGGAUGAGGUGGAUGUGGUACAGAAUCUCAUGUUCUACAUCGAGGCAGCUUACAAAGUGGCUGUAUGUUUCUCUUCAACCAGGGGAUCCCGGCUCAAGGGGUGGACUAGCUCCAUCGGCAUGGCUAAAGCAGCUCUGGAGGCCCUGGAUGAACUGAACCUGUUUGGAGCCGGAGGAGGACCAGGGUCUGUAGUGCACGCUCUGGCUGACGAUAUACAGCACUGUCAGUCCAUCCUCAACUCCAUGCUUCCCAGGGCCUCUAUGUCUAAAGAGGUGGAUGCGGGAGUUCUGUCCAUCAUCUCGUACCCGGCCUUCGCUGUCGAGGACAUCUCUAUAGUCAACAUCACCAAGGAGAAGAUCAUAUCCAAACUACAGGGUCGAUAUGGAUGCUGUAGGUUUCUCAGGGAUGGACACAAAACGCCUAAAGAGGACCCUAACCGUCUAUACUAUGAGUCUGCUGAGCUGAAGCUCUUUGAGAACAUAGAGUGUGAAUGGCCCCUGUUCUGGACCUACCUCAUACUGGAUGGCGUGUUCACCAACAGCCCAGAACAGGUCCAGGAGUACAAGGAUGCUCUGGAGGGGAUUCUGAUCAAACAGAAAGACGGGAUCUGUCUACUUCCAGAGCUCUACAGUGUUCCACCUGAUAGGGUGGAUGAGGAGUGUGUAAACCCCCACUCUGUGGAGAGGGUCCCUCUGGGGAAGCUCCCUCUAAAGUGGGGUCAGUCCCUUUACGUUCUGGGAAGUCUACUGGCAGAGGGUUUCCUGGCCCCUGGAGAGAUAGAUCCUCUCAACCGACGUUUCUCCACCAUCCCCAAGCCCGACGUGGUGGUGCAGGUGUCUAUCCUGGCAGAGAACGAGGAGAUCCAGGAGUUGUUGAUGAAGAAUGGGAUAGAGGUGGAGACGAUAGCUGACAUACACCCCAUCCACGUCCAACCUGCUAGAGUCCUCAGUCACAUUUACGCACGACUCGGACGUAACCAGAGACUGGGGCUGACUGGUAGACCCUACAGGAGGAUUGGAUGUCUAGGAACUUCAAAGUUCUAUGUCAUCCGCAACACCAUCUUUGCCUUCACGCCACAGUUCAUAGAUCACCAGCAGUUCUACUUGGCGUUGGACAACCAGAUGAUUGUUGAUAUGCUCCGUACAGACCUGUCCUACCUCUCCUCUCGAUGGAGGAUGACUGGAAGACCCACUGUCACCUUUCCUAUCUCUCAGACCAUGCUCACUGAAGACCACUCUGACUUGGACCCUGCGGUUCUGGCCACUCUGAAGAAGCUACAGGAUGGAUACUAUGGAGGAGCAAGGAUCCAGACGGGGAAGCUCUCUGAGUUCCUGACCACUUCCUGUUUUGCCAAACUCAGCUUCCUGGAUGCCAGUAAGCAUGCGGGUGGCAUGGGCCAGCAACAAGACGAUGAUGAUGAUGAUGACGACUAUGGAUGCUUUGCUGAGCAUGGCUUGACCUUCCAUGGAGACGCUGAUGAUCUAGCCCAGUACCUGGACCAGUUGUUGACCACAGCGAACCCCAGCAGAGGGCCAAAGGUCAGAGGUGACUCUGGAGGGCUGGACAGGUUCAAAGCAGCAGCCACGAAGACCAAGGAAAUGGUGUCUCUGAUGCACAAGGCUAAGGAACUCCACCUACACAAUGCCCACUUGUAUCUCCCCACCAAGCUCUUCCGUUCCCCUCAGCCCUCCCUCCACCUCACCCUCACAGAUUCCUCUGCGCCUCACACCAGUCAGUUUCCUCAGGUAGUAGUGACCACAGAGUGUAACCUGCCCAGAGAUGCCAGUGGUGAUAUAGACUACACUAGUCUGGUCCAGCUCCUCAGAGACACCCACAGUCUACCAGACCAGGCGGACAUACUGUACAUCCUCUUCAAAGACAAGGGUAUGGAGUGGGACACCAGGCUACAUGGUAAAGGCUCUACAGUCCGCUCCCUGCUGACAGACCUGUAUGUGAAGGCAGGAGAUCUCAAACACUGGGGACUCAUACGCAUGAUCUCUGGAAUACUGAGGAAGAAAGUAGAGGAACUCGACUGGGCUUGCUCUGAUUUGUUGGCCCACCAGAAGCACCUGACUGUGGGUCUGCCUCCAGAACCUCGGGAGAAGACCAUCACAGCACCCAUCCCUCCAGACAAGCUGGCCAUGCUGAUAGAUGAAGCUAGUGAGAACAACAUCACUAUAGCCAUCCUCACACAGGAGAUCAUGGUGUACCUGGCGAUGAACAUGCGUACCCAACCCAGCCUGUUCAGUGAGAUGUACAGGCUGCGUAUCGGACUCAUCAUCCAGGUGAUGGCCACUGAGCUGGCACAGUCUCUCAACUGCUCAGGAGAGGAGGCUACAGAGAGUCUGAUGAGUCUGAGUCCGUCAGAAUUAAAGAUCCUGCUGCAUCACAUCCUCAGUGGGAAAGAGUUUGGAGUGCAGAAGAGCGUGCGUUCUGUAGACGCAGGUGCCAGUCCGGCCAUCUCUAUCCACGAGGUGGGCAAUGUGGGCGCCACCAAGAGCGAGAGGGCGGGCAUCAGCAAGCUGAAGAGUGACAUGAGGAUGGUACGGCGGUCUCUAUGUUGUUCACCCACACGGUUGUCAUUGGCUGUUGUCCCUGUUGUGAAUUCUUUCUCCCCACUUCAGAGCCUUACAUCACACUCAUUGGACAUGGAACAUAUUGAAUCUGGGAGGUACAGGCUCCCCUCCAUAGAGUCUCUGGACGUUCCAGUGAACACACCCGUCACCAAGGAUACGAGGCACGGCCAAUGGCUGCGUAGGAGACGUCUAGAUGGAGCACUCAACAGAGUCCCCAUAGGCUUCUAUCAGAAGGUCUGGAGGAUUCUGCAGAAGUGUCAUGGUCUGUCCAUAGAAGGAUUCGUUCUACCAUCUUCAACGACAAGGGAGAUGACUUUAGAUGAGAUCAAGUUUGCGGUGCACGUGGAGACGGUGCUGAACCGGGUGCCCCAGCCAGAGUACCGCCAGUUACUGGUGGAGGCCAUCUUAGUUCUCACCAUGCUGGCAGACGUGGAUAUAGACAGUGUGGGCAGCAUCAUCCAUGUGGAGAAGAUCGUCCACAUCGCCAACGACAUGUUUUACCACGACCAGAAGGACUUGGGAGCAGAGGAGCAGAUCUUGGAGAGAGACCCCUCCACAGGAGUGUGUCGCUUGCUGUAUGACAGCGCCCCUAGUGGACGAUUUGGCAGUAUGACAUACCUCACCAGGGCUGUGGCUGUAUAUGUACAGGACUUCCUGCCCUGUGGCUCCUGUGCCCUGCAGUAGACACACACGUGCUGGCUGUAUCAGAACACCUGUACCUGCCUUCUAAAGGGGGAGGCUUUUUCGGGAAUGUGAAAGUAGAACAUUUUAAUAUUAUUUGACUUUGAGUGUGUUUUAAAUGCCAGGAUGUCAUAUUAAUUUGGCCUUUCGUCUAGUGGAAUUCGCUAUAUACGCUAUUGAGGGAGCGAAUCGUCUUUUCACACCCACUUGUGUUUGACAACAGCCGAUAAUCAGAAUAGGGGGCGGCGCUCUACAAAAAUGAGCGAAUGGUAGAAACUAGCCCGAUUGCGCAUUAGAUAAGUAGUAUGUUGAUAUUUGUUGCUUACUGCAUACAUCUUUACUAACCAGUACGUCCUAAAUAGUAUGUAGUACUGUUAGUACACAAUUUGUAGUUUUAGUAAGUACACUUUCUAAGUAUGACUUAACGAGUCAUUUAGUAAGCAUGACAGAUUUCAGACACACCAACAUGUACACCCUUAAACACAAAUAAAGGUCAAAUAAAAACACAAGUGUGAUCUGACUGUUAGACUUAAAAAGCAUUCACCUGAGUGUUCACUGGGUCUCAUUCUUUAUCCUUUUUUUGUCCAGCCUGGCAGAUAUUUACAUCUAACAUGGACAACACACUGUCUUUGUUUGGUCAGACAAAUAGCACCCUAUUCCCUAUAUAUAGUGUACUACAUCGACCAGGCCUGUAAUCUUUGCUAACUAUUACUCGAUAACUAGUAAGUAACUGGUACCUAGUCAUUGAUAACUAGUAAGUAACUGGUACAUAAUAACUGAUAACUAGUCAUUGAUAACUAGUCAUUGAUAACUAGUAAGUAACUGGUACCUAGUCAUUGAUAACUAGUCAUUGAUAACUAGUCAUUGAUAACUAGUAAGUAACUGGUACCUAAUAAUUGAUAACUAGUCAUUGAUAACUAGUCAUUGAUAACUAGUAAGUAACUGGUACCUAAUAAUUGAUAACUAGUCAUUGAUAACUAGUAAGUAACUGGUACCUAAUAACUGAUAACUAGUCAUUGAUAACUAGUAAGUAACUGGUACCUAAUAAUUGAUAACUAGUCAUUGAUAACUAGUCAUUGAUAACUAGUCAUUGAUAACUAGUCAUUGAUAACUAGUAAGUAACUGGUACCUAAUAAUUGAUAACUAGUAAGUAACUGGUACAUAAUAACUGAUAACUAGUCAUUGAUAACUAGUCAGUAGCAGGUACCUAGUCAUUGAUAACUAGUCAGUAACUGGUACCUAGUCAUUGAUAACUAGUAAGUAACUGGUACCUAGUCAUUGAUAACUAGUCAUUGAUAACUAGUCAGUAACUGGUACAUAAUAACUGAUAACUAGUAAGUAACUGGUACCUAGUCAUUGAUAACUAGUAAGUAACUGGUACCUAGUCAUUGAUAACUAGUCAGUAACUGGUACCUAAUAACUAACUAGUCAUUGAUAACUAGUAAGUAACUGGUACCUAAUAACUGAUAACUAGUCAUUGAUAACUAGUCAUUGAUAACUAGUCAGUAACUGGUACCUAAUCAUUGAUAACUAGUCAGUAACUGGUACCUAAUCAUUGAUAACUAGUCAUUGAUAACUAGUCAUUGAUAACUAGUCAGUAACUGGUACCUAAUAACUGAUAACUAGUCAGUAACUGGUACCUAAUCAUUGAUAACUAGUCAGUAACUGGUACCUAAUCAUUGAUAACUAGUCAUUGAGACCUAUAAGAGGGUUAUCAUGGGCAGUUUACAGGUCCAUGAUAUGAUUUGUUGAGAUGACUUGACAAUCAAGAAUAAUCAUACAAAUGUAUAAUCUUCUGGUAGGUCUGCCUCAAUUUGAUAGAUGUUGUAACUCACUGUUUCCUAAUCCUGGGGACCCAAAACGGUGAGCAUUUCUGUUGUUGAACUAACACACUUGACUGAUGGAGGUGUAUUAGAGCCAGGACAAUAACAAAAAUGUGCACCUUGGGUCCCAGGGACCAGGAUUGGAAAACACAGUUGAAACUGAUGCUUCCUGGGUUGAAUAGAAGUCACAAUGUUUUACUUGAGAAAACAUUUUUGUUUUAUUGCCAGUGUGAGUUCUGGGACAUUUUUGUUUCUGAACCUCAAGCCUAUAUGCUGUAUUUAUGAAGGUUUUGUGUUGUUUUGGGGAUUUUCACAGUUUCAGUUUUUUACUAAAAUACAAGGCAGAAAGUAUAACGUAAUAUGCAAACAGAGGACGAUGUAGAUUUGAUAAGUUACUUAAUUUGAGAAAUGUUUUCUUUUUUGCGAUUUAUUUUUGCAAGCUCAACUUUUAUAAAGGUUAAGUUAAAUGAAUGUAAUUGGCUUUGCAAGUAUUCGAUCAGCUUAAACGUGAGCCAACACAACAAACGGUAAUGAAUGUAACUAAAGGUGUGGUUUCCAAACGUCACCCUGUUCUCUAUGUAGUGCAUGAAACUAUAAACUGAGUGGACAAAACAUUAAGAACACCGGCUUUUUCCAGGACAGACGGACCAGGUGAAUCCAGGUGAACGCUAUGAUCCCUUAUUGAUGUCACUUGUUCAACCUACUUUUUUUAAGCCUUGAGUCAAUUGGGACAUGGAUUGUGUGUGUGUGUGCCAUUCAGAGGGUGAAUGGGCAAGACACAUAUUAAAGUGCCUUUGAAUGGGGUCUGGUAGUAAGUGCCAGGCGCAACGGUUUAGGUGUCAAUAUUAGGAAGGUGUUCUUAAUGUUUUGUACACUGUAUAUACACUACACUAUAUAGCCCUGGAAUGGGGUGCCAUUUUAGGGGCGCAACAAACUCAAAUGUCAGUUUUUACUCAUAUUUAAAAAGUGCAAUUUGUAUUGGGAUAAAAUCCUUGACAAGAAAAGGGACAAGAGACUGCCACCUUGAUGAGUUGAAUAGUUAUAUAUAAUAUAUAAAAUAAAAUUAUAUAUAUGUCUUUACAGUAGAUGGUGGUAACCUCAAUGUCAUUGGCUACUGGAAGGUUUUACUCUGUUUGACAAUAAAAUAAAUAAUCUAGAUGGAAAAUUAAAGGUUGUUGUGAGAAUCCA